ACAAUUGUUAUUAUACAUCGCCAUUAUUUGAAUAUUUGAAUUCAUGGUGGUGAUGUGAGUAUAAUUUUUUGUCUUACACACUUUAUCUCCUUGCGUCGUUUGGCGCCCAGUGGGCUGGUUGAUAAUAACUCACGGGUAUUCACUUGGCUCAUGGGCGCAUUUUGCCAUGUUUAGUGAUAACAUAGACCCUUGUCACUGAGGUGUAACUACUUAUGCAUCUUGGUGUCUAUUUCAUUGAGUCUGUAUAUUUUAGAUAAUUUUAACAGGAAUAUAAAUAGUCCAUGAUUGACGUUUACAAUGGCUGAGCGUGUCCAUUUCUUUCGUUGCAUGAGUGGCUUAUGCACUCGGCGAAAGUGCGUAUCACAGGUAACGGAGCCUUCUGUGGUAUCUACUUCGUCUGAAAUACCUUUUGAGAAGAAGCUGGAGAGUCGUACAUUACCUUUAAAUGAGACUUUGGUCUUGCCUUUGGAGGUUGCUCCUGCUGUAGAUGCAGUUUCUAUACCGCCAUGUUCACAUCGAUCAGCUUCGUUGGAUGCCCCUGUGCAUAAGGAUGUAUCUCCAUUGGUAACCGACGAUGUCUAUGACCCGUUGAUUAUGAGUUUUUCUCCACGGGUAUCACGUCGUAGUAUGGACUCCGCCCCUGUUAAGCCUAAGGCUGUGGAUAAUAUCCACAAAGACUCCAACACCAUAACACCAAAGGUUGGCGGAUCAACUGAUGGAAGUGGUUUAUGGUACAGUGAUCCUGUAUUCAACAAUGUUAGCAAGAAGGACGGUACAGAUGCUCAUCUAUCUCUCGGUGGUCAUUUAACCGCCUUGGAUGAAUCACAAUCAACAGAUGUACCUGCCAAUCGAUCUGAAGCUAAUGGUGAGCACUGUGAAUCCAGUUUACGUUAUUAUGAACUGAUGAGUCACUAUAUUACUGACGACUGGAGUAGUUUGAAUUCUCGUGUAUAUGACGCUUUGUUGCAAUAUUUCAUGGGUUCUGACCCCCAGGCUAAUCGCAAUGUAUCUAAGGAAUGGGCUGAUAACGUUCGUUUAUUGAUGAAUCGUAAGACUGCGAAGAUUGUGAAUGCUUUCAAGUCUGCUUAUGACGGCCAGCUAGCUUUUGAAUCAUCGUAUAUGAUAUGCCAAUCUGUAUUUACAGCACAGAAAAGCAUGCGCAUUGACUUGGUAUUGCGAGCUAAGUUAUUACCAGUUUGUGCUAAUUUUCGGAACACUUUACAGUAUACAUUCAACUACACGGCUCGCAAUGUUGUUCCUGGGCAGCCUAUUUAUCAGCCCACCUAUGCUAACAAGUUUGUGUUUGAUUGUCUAAAGCGUUAUUCUCGUCGUACGGUGUCCUUUACACGUGAUGUAUCGUCUAUUCACGGUGACGACUUGCACGUGGCUGCUCCUGAAUCGGUUAGUCAGGUUUGUGAGGGUGAUUCUAUCGAGGUGCCCAUAGUGCUAAUGAACGCUUUGGGCAAUGCUGACAUUGAGAGUAUCAGCUUCCAGCCAUUGCGCGUUCAGCCUGUGGUUGGCGACCCUCAAUCAUCCCUUGACCGUAUGCAUCGGGAGUGGUUUACGGUGGGACCCAAUUCGCAGUAUUUGCAGCAGCUGUUCCCAAGUGACAUUGAUGAAUACAUUUUGGUUGAACCUGAUAUGCUUCAGCCGGAAUUGAGCCAUCAGCUAACUCAGGUGGCUGGUAUUGAUGUGAUCACAUCUCGUUCAUUUUAUGUCGCUGCCAAACCGGGCAAAAUAGUGAAAGCGCAGAACUUCAUUGGUCAUACAAUGGAGGUGAUUGAUGCUUCUUGCCCAAUUGUUUGCAUGUUACAACGAGCUGGGAUGCAAUACGAUCGACUGUGUCACGUACAGCUUCGUGUGGGCGAUAACGUUCGCUUCUACACCACUAAGGGAUAACAAUCCUGUUGUUAA